AUGCUCUCACAAAUCACCACGUCUGCCCGCCUUUCCACCCGCGCGUUCGGCGCCAGUGCACGCAAUGCGCGACUCUUCCAUUCAUCGUUCCCGGCUUCCAAAACGAUGGUUGAGAAAGUAUCAGAAGUAGCAAGCACAGUGAACAAGAAAGUUGGUGAAACGCUCGCCAGUACCAUUGAGACGGGCGAACAAGCAACACAGGCCACGAAGGAAGCAAUUGGCUCGAACGCAAAAGCCGCGAAGGAGCAAGUGGAUAAAGCAUCAAACAUGGCUGGUCAAAAAACAAACCAGGCUGCCGCUGGAGCUCGUGAAGCCAAGAAAGACUUCGAGAAGGAGCUUCCCGAACGCCCCGAACGCCCCGCACUGGGCGACAGACCGUCGAAAGUCGUUUGGCCAACGUUUGGCUCUAUCUUCUUCUAG